AUGAAAGGCAAAAAUCAAAGAAAUGACGACCUGAUGACCCCAAGAUCCGGUCUAAACCCAGAGGAUCCACUACCAUCCAUCGAAGGUAGCGACGAAGACUCUAUACAGGAUAUGCCGCCUCCAAUGCCUCGUGCUAGAGAACGAAGACCCCAACGAGGUGGGUUAAUUGGAAUUCAGCAUCAUCAAAGAGUCCCUAGCUCCUCCCAAGUUCCACCACACCUUCUGAGACCAAGAAGAGGCUCCAGUCCCGGGUAUGCGUCAGCUCUCAGUCCUUACCUGGGCCCUUUAAAUCCUCGAGGACAUCAAAGACUCUCUGAAAAUCCUGUACCUACCAUGAUACCUAAUCGAGUCCAGAUGCCAGACUCUCACUUGCGAACAGCCAACACUGAGAACACGCAAUCAUUGUCUCGAACUCGCAAUGAUAGCACAUCGGGCUCUAAUCACCCAGAAAGAGCACAAUUACAAUCAAGACAAGAUGGAUCUUCUCGUCAAGUAGCUGAUCAGGCUAUGGCAGACUGCGUUCAACCUCUUUCAGGAAAUUUCCACUAUACAGGUCCUGUCAGCUACAACCCACUCACCGAGGCACUGAAUCCGCAAAACGCUUCAUUCUACCCAACUCCGAUGUCCCCGAACCCAAGAAAGCGUCGUAAAAUGCAAUCUAACGCUGCUCAUCGCUCCCCGUUCCAGCAAUCCGGCCUCGCAAAUCAAUGGUCCUCUCAACAAGAUUCAUAUAUGGGAGGUAUGGAAUCAUCAGUAGAUUUGCAAGCAUUGGGAAGUGUAGCUGUUGGAUCAAGUAGUGCUACUCAAGGCUAUUGGGGUGUUUUACUUCCUAAGCAACCCGGAAGAAACAGAGGACGCACAAUAGGCUCGACGACCAAGAACACAGACUCUAUGACUAUGCAACCCCCACUACCGCGCUCAAUUGCUACCAGUCCCCCAGAAAGAAGCCCCGUCCCGUCAUUUGCUAUCCCGGUUGCUCUCAACGAACAAAUCGCUACACCACGUUCAAAGCGUGAAGCUACGUUCAGCCUUGUCAAGAAUGCUGCAGCGAUGCUUGACCCCUUCACAAAGAUAGUUCCAGCCACCGUUAAGCUAGUGGCGGACAACGAUCAAGUGUGGGAGUAUAAAUAUGCGGGAACUAGACGAAACUGGAAGAAAGGUCAAGGUGGAAGGGUUACUGUCGUAAAGCUCAACGAAUGGGCAAACGCUAUCUUACGUCGCAGCCUUCCUGGAAGCUUCCCUCCUGCCCCGAAGAAAAGAAUCUAUUCUGCUCCUCCCCCUCCUAAGCCAAAGAAUGAUAAGUGGACAGAGUGGGAAAGAGCAUUCCUGGAGGCACAUGUUCUGGAUGCAGUAAAUGCAAAGAAGGCCAAUCUAGAUGAAGAAGAUUGGCAGCUUAUCGCAGACGCUCAGAAUGAGGAGUUUUCUGGCCAUAAGAGGCUUCCUGGAUUGCCUAUAGCACAAUUAACCUCGCGUAGUCUCACUAUUGAUGAUGUUCCGGUCAUUAGAGGUGGAGGCUAUACAAAAACCGAAGGGAACUUUCCAGAGCGCUCAAGCUCUGAAAUUCAGAGAAUUAUCUACCAUUGGCCUGAGAUUCAUGAGAAAAUCAAGCAGGUAAUUAGGAGACACCGUGGAAAGAUCCCAAUCUAUGUAGAUUGUGACACCGAUAUCAGUGACUCGGAGCGUACCUCAGAUGAUGAGGAUGGAGAUAAGGAAGCAGAUGUAGCUGAUAUUGGUGCUUUAAAGCCUAUUUCUGAGGGUUGA